ACUGGAAUUAUGAAGAAAUGACUUCAACAUGGGGCCAGCAGAGAUUAUUUACGGUUUAUUCUUCCUCUUACACAUUGCUCUUUCACGUUGUGAUGUUCAUUCUUUGAGUUGCAAUUUCCUGGGCUCUGAAGGCCUCGGCCUUCCCAGUUACACAGAGAGUGUUACUGUGAAUGAUGUGACCCUCUUUUACUAUGACAGCGCCAUGAAGUCAUCACCACCAUAUCCUGAAUGGGCUAACACCCCAGAUGCUCAGCAACACUGGAAAGAAAUCAUUUUAUUAUCACUCCACAACAGGGCACAAAUGGGUUCAGCACUCCAAACAGCCAUGUCAGAGUUCAACCUCACAGGCACAUUUUCAAAAAUGAAUGUAUACCAAGGCUACAGUCGCUGUGACCUCUAUCCAGAUGGCACAACCAAGGCAUCAUUAGCGCAUGCAUUCAAUGGAAAGGACUUUAUAACUUUAGAUAUUGACAAUAAGAGAUACAUUGCUUCCGUUCCUGAAGCCCUCAAAUAUAAACGUGUCAGAGAAGGGAAUAUAAUCAUGCUUGAAAGUGUGUUGUCAUUCUACAAAAAGACCUGCUUUGACCGCCUUAGGAUGUUCUUAGAACAUGCUCCUCAACUCAGCAUUAAGAACGCUCCACAGAUAAGGUUACUUAAGAGGCAGAGAGCAGGAUCCACCAUUCUCACCUGUCAUGUGACUGGGUUUUACCCCAGAGCGGUGCAGGUGAAGUGGAUUGGAAUGAAAAAUGGAAAAGAUUUACAGCUCAUAGAUGAUGAAAUAAAUGAUGUUCUGCCUAAUGGUGAUGGUACAUAUCAGACUAGAAGAAGUGUGAUCAGACCUGAGGAGGACACAGAAGAUCAGCUCUAUACCUGUGUAGUGCAUCACAGCAGCCUCGGAGAGGGAAAUAUUACAAUCACCUGGGAAGAGACCUCCUUCGGGCAUCCUGUCUACAUUACCCUAAGCUGCAUUUUCGUUCUCGCUGUAGUCGGACUUGUAAUAUGGUGCUUAGUAAAAGCCACUGGGAAACAACAUAAAUACUCAAGAGAACCCCUUCAAUAGACCUGUCCUCACAAUCUAGCCGUUUCUUCUGAGACGUGUGCACACGUCUCCUCUUCACUAGAGUGUUUUAAGUGAAGAAUGAGAAUUAUUGUGUUUCUGGUUACGUUUGGCCUACUUUUCAUACAAAGCCUCAGGUUCAGUCUGAUCAACAAUUUAUUUUUAAAACGAUCUUGCCAUAGCAAAUUAUUUACAGAAGCCAGACUACAAAGGCAUGAAGAUACAACUUCAACAGAAGCACAUUGUCAUGUUACUGCAUUUGGCUUUGCAGUAAGUGAAGUUUACUUUUCAAAUAGUGUUUAACUGUAGUUAGAAACGGUCAUAUUAUAUCUCAGAGUACUGAUUGAAAUAAUUAUUUAAAAGAUUUCAAAACAUUUCUGGGUAUUUUAUUUUUACUCUGACAGGAAAACCCAUCUACUAUCUUUCUUACCCAUGAGUCCUAUCAGUUUCACUGUAGCUAUUGAAUAAUAUGUUGUAAGAUACUAAAGUAUAAUUCAGGAGCUGUUAAAGGAAGGUGGUUUACAACUGACUAUUUUACCCAUACUGCUUUUCUGUGCUUGGCUUGCCAUGUUUUAUUUAUUUAUUUAAAUGUAUUUAUUUUUUUAUUUUUUUUAAUUACUCUUUGUAUAUAUACACUUCACUCCUUGACUUCCUUUUCUAGCUAAAUAUUAGUGAUUGUUAUUGUUUUUACUUCAGCCAUUAGGGGGCAGUAAAGCUUUUAUUAAUAUAGUUUAUCAUAUUCCCUCACUAUAUGCAGUUUUAUAUGAUGUUUUGAUGCUGUUUAUUUGUUUUUAUAGCGUGUUUAAUGCUAGAUCAAAUGCCUGAAAUGUUCUAUUGCCUGUUUGCUCCUUCAGUAAUAUUUAUACUGUAUGCAGUACAGAUGGAUUAUGAUCAAAUCUCGUAUACCUCACUGGGUGAACUGCAUGCUGUCUGUGCUUGGUGAUUGGUGGUGGGUGUCGGGUUGACAGAUUUCACAUCACACCCUUGUGAUAUGACUCAGAGUAAAUCAUGAGAUAACAAUACAGCCUACAGUAAGAGAGAGAGGGAUGUGUUGGUUUAACGUUCACUCUGAUCAACACCAGUAUUGUCACCCUGCACACACUCAUGAUAGAUUUCUGUGUUGUUAGAACGCCACCUGUUGUGGCAGGGGCAGGGGCACGAUUAGGUCCAUGACUAGACUACUAAUUAGAAUAUCAUGAGAUCUAAACCCAUCACCACCCCUCCUGGACUGGUGAGCCCCUGAGCAAGGCCCUUAACCCUCAAAUGCUCAGACGUAUAAUGGGUUCAAUGUAAAUUACCCUGCAUAAGGACAUUUUACAACAUUUUGAAAAUUUUGUAAGAUGAAGAUUAAAGAACUAUCUCAUUUUUUCACUUCCUCAGAGCUCCGAUUCCUUGCACACUGUAUCAUUUUAUUAUUCAUUGCUUGUUGCUUUCUUUUAUGUUCUUUUAUCCAAACUCUUUUCAUUUGGGAAAUGGUUGCACUAUUGUCUGUUUUAUCUGCUGUUGAUAUCUUUUCCCUUUGUCUGCAAUUUUUUUUAAAUAAAUGAAUUCAUUAAAUGGAUUCUAAUUACUGUAAUUUCAUGUUUUUUAUUGUUUUAUUUUCUCUCUCCUGAUUUGUGAUGUACUAUUAGAUGUUAAAGGACAUAUAUCUAGAACACAUCGAGAAUGCGUAAUGUAGUGUGAUUUACCUUAAAUAAAUGUUGUUUGAUUAU